UUGGUGGUCCGUCGACCCGAACCGAGUAACUUAUCUUUUUUUUUCUUCUUGCAGCUAGAAAUGGCAUCGUUUCAAUUUCAAGCCAUUUCAGAAAGUAGAAACCCGCUCGAUCUCGAGUCUUAGCCUCUCCUUCCUUCCUCUCGCAGCAUCGCUGUCCAAGUCCAACGAGUCUGCGCCACCACUCACCACCGCUACGUCAUCAUGCCAUGCCGUCGAGGCCGCUCUCCAACUCCAAAAAGUCAGCGAGUCUUCCUUGUUGUUCUUGUUGUGCCGUUGUACCACACGCCCACACCAAUGUCGGGUUGUCCUUGCAUGACAUUGUUGAGGUCACCCUUGCCCUCACCUUCACCCGCAUUGAAUGUCACCAAUCACCCUCAUCCUCUACCUCUCCAUUCUCGAACAAGGAUGCAUCUGGUUCAGUGAAGCUGUGGGAGAUUACCAAAGGUGUUGUUAUUGAAGAUUACCAAAGUUGUGGGAGACAACUGGUUGCAUUUUCAUGUUGUAAUUUGAAUGACAAUCUUGUUUUCUAGUGAAGUAGAUUGUCUGUCUGCAAUGGAUGUUGUUUACAAAUUUAAACUAUAGAUCAUUUGUGUGUUCAUAAUAACUCAUGCUUUACUUGUCGACUAUCUAGGUUUCAUUUGAGGAGAAAAAGGAAGAGCUAUUUGAGAUAUGGUAUGAUUACUGAUUUACAUCAGUUUCAUUUUAAGAUAUAUUUUUUUUCUGGCAAGGAAACAUGACUAUUUCUAGUAAUUUAUUUAGCUAUUUAUUUAUGUGUGUAA